UGUAUGCUAGCUGUCUAGCAGUCUGUAUAGUUUUCUUGUAGCUGUGUGUGGUUGAUGUGGUUUGGAGGAAAGGGGAGAUGUGGUCCUUUUUCGCCAGGGAUCCUGUCAAAGACUUUGCUUAUGAAAUUCUCCCAGACACACAAGAAAAGUCUGGAAUAUGGACGCUUCAUCGGGGGAAACGAAAGACCAGUGGAGAGCCAGUGUCUGUGUUUGUGUACGAGGUGGCCCAGGGUACAGAGCAGCAGACCCAGCUAGCAAAGGCAGCCUUCAAACGCAUGAAGACCCUGCGCCACCCCAACAUCCUGGCCUAUGUUGAUGGAUUGGAGAUAGAGGUGAGUGAGACAGAGAAAAGCUUGUACCUGGUUACGGAGCAGGUGACACCCCUCGCAGUCCACCUGAAGGCCCAGGCAGAGAAGGGUGGCUCUGGGGAACUGGAGGUUUCCUGGGGUCUGCACCAGAUUGUGAAAGCAUUAAGUUUCCUCAUCAACGACUGCCACCUGCUCCAUAACAAUUUGGGUGUAUGGGCUGUUUUUGUGGAUCGAGCUGGGGAGUGGAAGCUUGGAGCCCUUGACCAUGUGGCCCCUGAACAAGGCGACCCGAGCGGGAUCGUACUCCCUGCCCCUAAAGCUGUUUACCCAGAUAUGGAGAAAUAUGACCCACCAGAGAUGUCAAAUAGCAGUGGAGACAAAUGGGCAGGAGAGGUGUGGAGGCUUGGUUGCCUAAUCUGGGAGGUUUUCAAUGGGCCAUUACCUCGAGCUUCCUCUCUUCGAUCAUUAGGAAAGGUUCCAAAGUCCCUGGUCCCCCAUUACUGUGAGCUGGUGGGGGCCAACCCACGGGCUCGCCCCAAUCCAGCUCGCUUCCUGCAGAACUGCAGGGCCCCAGGGGGAUUCCUCAGCAACAGCUUUGUGGAAAGCAACCUUUUUCUAGAGGAAAUCCAGAUUAAAGAGCCUGCUGAGAAGCAGCAGUUCUUCCAGGAUCUCAGUGAUAACUUGGACUCCUUCCCUGAGGACUUCUGCAAACACAAGGUCUUGCCUCAGCUGCUCACUGCCUUCGAGUUUGGAAAUGCAGGAGCUGUUGUCCUCACACCACUCUUCAAGGUGGGGAAGUUUUUGUCAGCGGAGGAGUACCAACAGAAGAUCAUCCCUGUCAUUGUGAAGAUGUUUUCCUCCACAGACCGAGCCAUGAGGAUACGACUGCUGCAACAGAUGGAACAGUUCAUUCAGUAUCUAAAUGAAGCGGCCGUCAAUUCCCAGAUUUUCCCUCAUGUUGUUCAUGGAUUCACAGACACCAACCCGGCCAUCAGGGAGCAGACUGUUAAGUCUAUGUUGCUGCUGGCUCCCAAGCUGAACGAGACCAACUUGAACCAGGAGCUGAUGCGUCACUUUGCCAGGCUGCAGGCACGAGAUGAACAAGGCCCAAUCCGCUGCAAUACCACUGUCUGUCUGGGCAAGAUUGCCUCCUACCUCAACGCUGGGACUCGACAGCGUGUUCUGAUAUCUGCCUUCUCUCGAGCCACAAAGGACCCUUUUCCAGCGUCGCGUUCUGCCGGCGUGCUGGGAUUCGCCGCCACCCACAACUAUUACAGUGUAACAGAAAUUGCUGCACGUAUCCUACCCACCCUCUGUGCCAUUACUGUUGACCCCGAUAAGAGCGUCCGGGAUCAGGCAUUCAAAGCCAUAAAAAGUUUCCUUUUGAAACUUGAGACAGUAUCAGAAGACCCCAGCAAGCUGGCCGAGAUAGAAAAAGAUGUAGCGUCUUGUGCCCAGCCUGCAGGUGUGUCCUCCAGCUGGGCCGGCUGGGCCGUGACCGGCAUGUCCUCACUAACGUCUAAACUGAUCCGUAAUGCCCCGGGGACAGAAGGGGGAGCUGCAGCUGACGACAAUGGACAGGCUAAUGCCACAAGCCCAACAAACUCCCCCGAUGGAACACCUGCACCCGAUUCUGAAGCUAAAACUCCAGAAGCCUCUCUGACUCACCAUGCUGCCUCUAGCCGUGCCAACCAAUCACAGACUGUUGAUGUGACAGACAAUGAUAACGAACCAAUAGGAGACCGUUGGGAUGAUGAUGAAGACUGGGGCAGUUUAGAGGAGCCAGAUAAAACGCUGACUGAACCUGAUGACUGGAAUUCUGACUGGUCAGGAAUGACGGCAUCAAAAAAGAAGGCCAGUGAUAGAGGAGUAGGCCGUUCGUCAUCGUCUGUGGCUGUGAAAAAGCAGAGCUCUGACUGGAGCAGCUCAGGUUGGGAUGCUGACGACAGCUGGUCCAAUGAGAAAGAAGGCCAGGGUCAGAGUUCUGCAGGUGAGGAAGGCUGGGGCAACGACUGGGGCGAAGAGGAGACGGACACGACCUCCACUAAUAAGACACUCCCCCUGCCUGAAGGGGUGCGGCUUGCGAGCGAGUACAACUGGGACAGCAGUAACACAGCCAAGGGGUCCAGUCAGAAUGACCUGUUCGCCAACGUGUCACAGAGGAACACAGCCAGCACCACCACUGUCACGGCUGGAGACGGCUGGAGCGCGGAGGCAACAGGAGACUGGGGAGCUGAGGACAGCUGGGAGUCUGUAGACGGAAGCCAGGGUCUUAGCAAAGCUGAGUUGUCAAAGAAGAAACGGGAGGAGAGGAGGAAAGAGCUGGAGGCUAAACGGGCUGAACGCAAAGCUGCUAAAGGACCAUUAAAACUGGGUGCACGCAAACUAGACUGAGGGACAUCAGUUGAAAGAUGAAGGAGCGGAUGUGGAGCGAAGAAAAAAACUACAUCAACUGGACCCCGAGAUGGAGGUUUGACAUUCCACAGGUAAAGGACCAGAGAGAAGUGUAGGUGAUGAAUAAAUACUGUGAACCUGUCGACAGUCCCUACAACGGAGGAGGCUUCUUGGCUGAGCAAAACCAUCCAAAACCAUGCUGGUCAGUAGACCUUCAGCCCUGGGACUGUCUGCCUGUGUACAGUAGGGAAAAGACGCAGUUACAAAAGAACUACUGAUGAUGGCAGAGCUGAAACAGGCAGAGGAUGGAAGCAGAAAAAGCAGCACUCCAUACAGCAAAGGCCUAAGUUGAUGACCCUAAAUGAACCCCUCUGUUUUUUUAACACAGAAGUCAAAAACUUGCCAUUGUACAUGUACAUAAAGGAGCAUCUUGUCCUACAAUGACAUGAAAAAUGACACUUUAAAAUGGAGAAAUAUACAGUAUACAUAUAUCUAAGAAUUUCAGAGUCAAACGUAUUAUUAUACUGAAUGUUUUCAGUUUACUUACACACACCAACAGAAUGGAAAUGAAUGUUUUAGUUCAACUGUCACAGAAUGACUUUUAUUCAGUCCAUGCAUGCACUGUAUUUGUGUGGCCUAACAAAAUGUUCAUGACAAAGGAUCAAAUGUUGACUUUGCUUUGCACACACAACACUGUAUUUUAUUGAACUGGCCUGACAUGCAAUGCGGUUCACAUCUGCUAAUGGGUAACAUGCACUGCAGACACAUUGACAAGUAGCUGAGCCACUGACAAGUGGUUCAUCUGAAGCUGGAAAAAAGCAUUUCUAAGGGAAAGUCAGUUUGUGUAUUUACUUGCAUUUUCUUGUGUCAUGAAAUAUAGUGCUGUGAUGGGAAUUUAUGUAAACAAAGAUUUUAUUUUGAAGUAUUUUAAAGGUUUCGUUACGCAUCUGGUCCUGUGUGAUCGCACAGAUGCCACCAUAACCCAUCUGAGUCACUGAAGACAGAUUUACUCUCUAAUAUUGGACACUGUCAGGGUAAAAGAAUUUCUUUUGCUCUUUUAUUUGUGCCUUUAUUUAAUCACAGUUUCCCUCUGAGGGAUCACAUCCAACAGCUAAAGAAAAGUGGACCUGAAAUGUUUCAUAGCAGCUGAUUAUGUGUUUUUCUCAAAUCACUUCCCUGUCUGUGCUGGACAUGGCAUUGUUAGAUUUGGUACAACAUGAAAUGCUGUAUAAAUAAGCAAACUGACACAAUCAGCAGCUGUGAGCUAAUGGAUCUAAUGAGCUGGUGUGGGUUGGUCAUGUCAGGUAAGGAACUUCAGGAAGCUGAGAAGUGUUUUGUUUUCUACAGAAAAUCCAAAUCAUGUAGCAUGUGAGCUAUACUAAAAUAAAAACAACAUAAAAUUCUAUAUUUUGUACAUUUAAUGAUGUCUAUAUUGCAGGUAAUUUCAUUAUUCCUAAAUUAUAACUACUCAAAAUCAUGGACAGCUAAGGAUGGGAACCAAUGGCAUUAUCGACUCAGUAUCAGUUGUUUCAGUGAUUCUGAUCAGUUUUCUAUGGGGGAAUUCCCAUGUUAAGUAGGAAGAGGUUUCAGUAUAAUAAUGUUUCCACACCUGUUUUAAAUGACACAAAUUGCUGUUUACACUGUUCUCAACUUUAUUUGUGACAUUAUGCCACUGUUUUUUCUUCUUUGACAUAAUUUGUUUCAAGUUUCCAGCUGCAAAGAUGAGUUUCAUGCAGCUGUCAGAAGCAUAGAAGUAUUAACAGAAGGAAUCGAUGUUCAGAAGCGCACGAUAUUGAUUGUUGACAGUUUGGAACAGGUGGAUUGUUUACAUCCCUAUGUGUAAGUAAGGGUUUAGGGCAACGAUACUCAUCUUAUGACUGAUAGGCUAAGUCCACGAUCAAUCAUUUCUACUUCACAAUACAAUGAAAUUUGAACCCAAAUAAACAAGGUAUAAGUGGUUCAGAGAAAAGAUGGAUAGAUGGAACCAAAUAUGUUAACAAAGCAAAUAAACAUAAAAUGCAGUUGCAACUAA